CUGUCAAGUUUCAACGCGACAACCAACCACGACAACUUGACCUGCUCUACCUCAUCAGAUAGGAGAGGCCUAUUGACUGCGGCGUAGGACAAGCUCGUGCAAAUGGCGCCAAGAAAGACUGUGCACUUGGCGACACCCAAGAAGGAAGACACGUCAGCAACAAUCAAACAGCUCCAGAGCAAGCGACUAGCAACCAACUACUAUGCCCAGAUCGUCAAUGAUCUCUGGUCGUCUUACUUGAAGAGCACACCGCAGCAGCUCAAGCUCAUUGACAUGUUUAUGGCAUUUCUCAUUGCUACGGGUGUCUUGCAAUUCAUGUACUGCUUGAUUGUGGGUAACUACCCAUUCAAUGCCUUUCUGGCAGGCUUUAUCGCUACAAUCGGUCAGUUCGUGCUCUGUGCUGGUUUGAGGAGUCAGACAAACACAGCGAAUACGGCUGCCUUCCCUCAAGUCUCACCAGAACGUGCUUUUGGCGACUUUAUCUUUGCGAGUGUUGUUUUACACUUUGCAGUUGUCAACUUCCUUGGCUAGUCUGGGCAAGUCUGAGCUACUC